GGAGGAGGAGUGGGACCGGGCGGGGGGUGGAGGAAGAGGCCUCGCGCAGAGGAGGGAGCAAUUGAAUUUCAAACACAAACAACUGCACGAGCGCGCACCCACCGCGCCGGAGCGUUGCCCCGAUCCGCGCCCGCCCCGUCCGUGCGGCGCGCGGGCGGAGACGCCGUGGCCGCGCCGGAGCUCGGGCCGGGGGCCACCAUCGAGGCGGGGGCCGCGCGAGGGCCGGAGCGGAGCGGCGCCGCCACCGCCGCACGCGCAAACUUGGGCUCGCGCUUCCCGGCCCGGCGCGGAGCCCGGGGCGCCCGGAGCCCCGCCAUGUCGCGAUCCAACCGGCAGAAGGAGUACAAAUGCGGGGACCUGGUGUUCGCCAAGAUGAAGGGCUACCCACACUGGCCGGCCCGGAUUGAUGAGAUGCCUGAGGCCGCCGUGAAGUCGACAGCCAACAAAUACCAAGUCUUUUUCUUCGGGACCCACGAGACGGCAUUCCUGGGCCCCAAAGACCUCUUCCCUUACGAGGAGUCCAAGGAGAAGUUUGGCAAGCCCAACAAGAGGAAAGGGUUCAGCGAGGGGCUCUGGGAGAUCGAGAACAACCCUACUGUCAAGGCUUCGGGCUACCAGUCCUCCCAGAAAAAGAGCUGCGUGGAAGAGCCAGAUCCAGAGCCGGAAGCCACAGAAGGUGAUGGCGAUAAGAAGGGGAAUGCUGAGGGUAGCAGUGAUGAGGAAGGGAAGCUGGUCAUUGAUGAGCCAACCAAGGAGAAGAAUGAGAAGGGGGCACUGAAGAGGAGAGCGGGGGACCUACCGGAGGACUCCCCUAAACGUCCCAAGGAGGCAGAAGACCCUGAGGGGGAGGAGAAGGAAGCAGCCACCUUGGAGAGUGAGAAGCCUCUGCCUGUGGAGGUGGAGAAGAAUAGUACCUCUUCUGAACUGGGCUCUGGCCGGGGGCCUCCAGAAGAAGAGGAAGAGGAGGAAGAGGCCGCCACGGAAGAUGCUGAGGCCCAGGGCGUCAGAGAUCAUGAGAGCCUGUAGCCACCAAUGUUUCAAGAGGAGCCCCUGCCCCGUUCCUGCUGCUGUCUGGGUGCUACUGGGGAAACUGGCCAUGGCCUGCAAACUGGGAACCCUUUUCCCACCCAACCUGCUGUCCUCCUCCAUUCUCUUUCCCCACUUUAAGCCCAGCCCCUGAAGAUUGACCUGGGCCUCACCUCCAGGUCCCUAUACCCUUGUGAUCUGAGUUAGGGCCAUGUCUUCUCCCUGGGAUGAGAUGAGGCCAUUGUGUCCCUUGCUGCUUAGAGCUGUUUCCCAGGGCUUUUGGGGCCUAGGCUGCUGUUUCCAUCUCCUGUCACCCUAUCUCCUCCCCCAGGCGUUCUGGACCUCUGGGUUGGGAUAGGGCUAGGAGUGGGAAAGAUGGAGCAUAAACAGCAGGAUGGGCUUUUGGAGCCUGGGAGUGGCAAUCUCUAAAUUGAACAGGGAGGGCAAGAGGGUGGCCUGUCGAGGUCCUGUCCCUUACUCCCACACCUAUUUCCCAGCUGCCUAAAUUUCAUGGAAAGUGGGACAGCUUGGGGGGGAGGGCCCCCCUUCUAUAAAUCCUUCAUUGAUAAUAUCUAUUCUUUUGCCUGACCCCGGGAGUCUGGGAGUUACAGUUUAUCAUCAAAAGACUUUGGGGCUCCCAAGUUCUUUGGGCCAAAGACCUGAGACCUGAGGGUUGACUUUACCCACUUGGGUAGGAGUGUCAAGCAUCUGUGCCCCUUUAGACCUUUGGGGCCAGAGAUGGGAUACCUUGGGGUGACACCCUAGCUGCCCUAGUCCCUCUUCCCAUAGUGCUCCAGGCCAGCCUGUAGUCACAUAUAUCACCCAGACAUAAAGGAAAAGACACAUUUUUUAGGAAAUGUUUUUAAUAAAAGAAAAUUAUAAAAAAAAUUUAACACCCCCUCCAGCCCUUUGUGUGCUCCCCAUUCUGCUCUUUUCUUCCCUACCAUUGCCCCCAUUUCUGAGGUGCACUGGGAGGCUCCCCUUCUUUGGGACUUGAUAACUUUCUUUUUGUUGCUGGGGCUUUGGUGUUCCUUCCCGUGUCAUUUUCCAUCCUCAUACCCCCACUUGGUUCCCUGGGUGUUGUCACCAGAUCCAAUUUGUAGCCCACUAAGAGGACAGAGAGAAGUGCUUUCUUUCUUCCAGCCUCUUUCUAGUGGUCUCUGCCUCUCUUCUGUCUCUUGUCUCUUACUCCUGCCCCCUCUUCCUUGGGCUCUGAUGAAAAAUUGCUGACUGUAGCUUUGGAAGUUUAGCUCUGAGAACCGUAGACAAUUUCAGUUCUAGAAAAAUAAAACCUGUUGAUUACUAU